UCCGGAAAGGGCAAAUAAAAUAUGUAAAUAUGCAUUUUUAUUUAUAUUUAUUCUUGGCUUUUUUAAAAAGACUAUCAUUAUGAUUUAAAUGAAGGAUGCCAAAACUAUUUGAUAACGUACAGAUUGGAUUUGUUGCCUGCAGAAUCGGAAUGAGGAAGUGCUGGCAGUGGCUCAGUUGCUAUCGUCCAGUUAUUAUUAUUAGAGACCAAUAUCAGGUGCUAUGCUUGGGUCUCCAAGGUUCUGGUAAAACUACAGCUUUAGCUUCGUUAGUAGGGGAAUCGGUUUCCAAUAUAGAACCAACAACUGGAUUUAAUAUCAAAACACUCCCAUUAAAAGACACAAUAGUAGAUAUUAAGGAAUUGGGUGGUUCUGAAAUAGUUCGACCUUUUUGGAAUAAAUAUUUUGAAGGUCAACAUGGUAUUCUUUAUGUGAUUGAUGCAGCAGCUGAUGAAGAAAUUUUAAAGGAAGCAGUAAAAAUUCUGCAAGAAGUGGUUUCUAAUAGUUUAUUAAAAGGAAUUCCAUGUGUUAUACUAGCUACACAUCAAGAUGUAGAGGGUUGCAGGAGUCCCCAGGAAAUUGCGCAGUUUUUUAAUGAAACUUUACAUGGCAGAAAAUGGCAAGUGCACAUGUGUGGCUUACAAGAUCGUGAUGGCGUUCAGAUUGGCUUAGAAAAUUUAGUUGACUUGAUGACGGGUAUUUCAUGACAUCUAGAAGAUUCAUUUAGGAUUCUAAAGAUUGAUUUUUGGAAUUCUUACUAAAGGAAGAACUUAAUCUAUUCCAAAGAGACAGUAGAGGAAAAGCUUUGAAUGAUAGUGAUUUUCUGAAUGAUGCCUUUGAUUAAUAUCAAAUGUUCCAUGUUUUGAAAGAAAAUCAAUCAAGUGGUGUUAAGUAUUAUAGAUUACUUUUUAAAAGGGAAUUUCAUUGUUCUCUUAAUUUGAAUUUAUUACUUUUCAAGUUUACAUAAAAAAAUAAUGUAUCAUAUAAGUGUAUUUGUGUUUUGACUGAUUUAAUUUCACGUAUAUGCAUUUAAAUAAUAUCUUGUAGGCUUUUAGUUUUUUGAGUUAGUAAUAUUUUUAUGUGUGAAAUGGAGGAUAAUCAAGAACUUUUAGAUUGUUUGUUUGCUAU